AUGAACCCUAGCAAGGAAGAGACCGACGGAAAAGAAUUGUUGGUAAAAAAGGCAGUAUCAAUCAGACCAAAGAUCCCCACGGGAUUUGUGGAGGACAUUGUACGUAACAAAUAUGGCCUAGAUGUAGUGGACUAUCAGGAACUGAAUAGCUAUGAAGACCGGAACUACCACGUGACUGUACAUGACAGUUCUAAUAAUCCUUACGAACCGGAAGUGUGGAAACACGGCUAUAUUUUGAAGAUACUGAACGCCGUUGAUUCUCAAUAUCCUGCAAUCAUAGAAGCACAGAACAGUCUUUUAAGACAUAUUCGGAAACAAGACAUACCCGUGCCAGAAAACGUCCUCACCAUUUCAGGCAAGGCGAUGUCUCUAGAAAAGGUCUUUGCAGAAAAAGAACUCAAAGAACAAUACACUGCUUCGUAUAGCACCUACAUUGUACGCUUGCUUAGAUACAUCCCUGGUGACGUCUUGCUAUCCAAACCAUGUACAUCUGGUUUGUUAUACAAUGUCGGCAGAUUCAUUGGUAAAUUUUCGAACGCAACGAAGGGUUUUCAUCACCCUUUCUACAACUCACAUUCAUUUUUGUGGAAUCUUCUGGAGUUCUCAAAACUAAAAGAAUUCGUAUUUGUGGUGAAAGAUGAAAAUAGCAGACGUGUGGUUGAUGAGGUCCUAUCUUCUUUUGAAUCCAAUGUUCUUCCAAUGAUUGGUCAAUUUCAGAAAGGUGUAAUACAUGGGGACUUUAACGAACAAAACAUUCUCGUCGCAGAGGUUCCGGGGCAAGAUGAUGUCAUACCAGCAGCACGUGUUUAUGACGUCAUAGGCCUACUGGAUUUUAUGCACGUGACCGACACCUAUCGCAUAUUUGAUAUUGCAAUUAAUAUCGCGUACAUGUCAAUCAUUUGUGAUCCCUCAGAGCAGCUCGACGCUGGCGGCCACAUAUUAGCUGGUCUGGUACCCGUCUUUCCUUUAAAUGACGUCGAGUUGGAUGUGUUACAGACAUCAGUGUGUGCUCGGUUGUGUCAGUCACUGGUGAUUGGAGCCUUCAAUUACUACCAGGACUCGUCCAACAUAUACGCACUCACCACAGCAAAGAAAGGCUGGCCACUUCUUCACAAACUAUGGAAUACACCCAAACGGGUGCUGAAGGAUAGGUGGCAGUAUCUGAUUGACAAUUAUAAGCAGACAGCUUGA